CCUAAGGUCCAACUAAACCCAAAUAACAGCUCUACUGCCAACAGGCACUGUGUGUCUGUUUGUACCCGAGCUUUCACUACCACCUUCCCGGAGCUGCACAACCAAACACUGAAACGAGGAUUUAAACCAAGUCCGAUUCACGAUCCGUUUUCAUCUGAAAUAGGAACCGAUCGAUGACCCAACAUGCCAGUGGGGUCGGUGAGACUGCAAAGCAUUAAAAAGGUGGGACAGGAUAACAGCAGCUAUGAGGUUUCAGAUGAAGAACCAGCUGGCUCCUACAUGACCAUGUCUAAUUCAAAGGAGAAGGAAAAAGUUCAGGGAGAUCCAGAGCAACCGGCCAUUAGGGUUGGCUUCUUUCAGCUGUUCCGCUUUGCUACCGGUAAGGACAUGCUAAUGAUGGCGGUGGGUAGCGUGUGCGCGGUGCUGCAUGGCUCGGCUCAGCCCCUCAUGCUGCUGGUUUUCGGCCUACUCACCGACACCUUCAUCGAUUACGACAUCGAGCUCAACGAGCUCAGAGACGAGCGGAAGGAGUGUGUCAACAACACUGUCCAGUGGAAGUGGAACUACACAGGGGUUCAAGACCUGACUUUACCCCUGAAUCUGUCAGCCAUAAGCAAUUCUACUUUAGAGAUGCUUGUUCCGCUGGCCAACAGGUCAUGUGGGCUCCUUGACAUUGAACAUGAAAUGACCCUGUUUGCCUUCUAUUACGUUGGAAUUGGAGUAUCGGUAUUCCUGCUCGGGUAUUUUCAGAUCUCCAUGUGGGUGACCGCAGCAGCCAGGCAGAUUCAACUCAUCAGGAAAAUGUACUUCAGCAAAGUGAUGAGGAUGGAGAUUGGCUGGUUCGACUGCACCUCUGUAGGGGAGCUCAACACUCGCAUGUCUGACGACAUUAACAAGAUCAACGAUGCUAUUGCAGACCAAGUUGCCAUAUUUGUGCAACGCUUCACUACUUUUGUGUGUGGCUUCAGCAUUGGGUUUGUAAAAGGCUGGAAGUUAACGCUCGUCAUCAUCGCAGCCAGUCCUCUGAUUGGUGUUGGAGCUGGCCUCAUGGCUCUGUUUGUCGCUAAGCUAACGGGGAUGGAGCUGCAGGCCUAUGCGAAGGCUGGGGCUGUGGCCGAUGAGGUCCUUUCCUCCAUUAGGACCGUUGCUGCCUUUGGGGGAGAAAGAAAAGAAGUGGAAAGGUACGACAAGAACUUGAUCUCGGCUCAGCGAUGGGGCAUCAGGAAGGGUAUAAUAAUGGGUUUUUUUACCGGAUACAUGUGGCUGAUCAUCUUCCUGUGCUAUGCAUUGGCCUUCUGGUAUGGCUCCACUCUUGUAAUAGACACAGAGGAGUACACACCUGGAACACUACUGCAGGUGUUUUUUGGAGUUCUUGUAGCAGCCAUGAACUUGGGACAGGCAUCUCCGUGUCUGGAGGCGUUUGCAGCGGGCCGUGGAGCUGCUACCAUAAUAUAUGAGACUAUUGACAGGGAGCCGGAGAUAGACUGUUUAUCAGAGGCUGGAUAUAAACUCGACCACGUCAAAGGAGAUAUUGAGUUCCACAAUGUGACCUUCUACUACCCAUCAAGACCAGAAGUUAAAAUCCUGGACCAGCUCAGUGUUGCGGUGAAGUCGGGAGAAACCACAGCCUUUGUGGGUCCAAGCGGAGCAGGGAAGAGUACUGCCAUACAGCUGAUCCAACGCUUCUAUGAUCCUAAGGAGGGCAUGGUGACGAUUGACGGUCAUGACAUCAGAGGCCUGAACAUCCAAUGGCUACGUUCUCUGAUUGGCAUAGUGGAGCAGGAGCCGGUGCUGUUUGCUACCACCAUUGCGGAGAACAUUCGCUAUGGUCGCCCCGGCGUCUCCAUGGAGGACAUCACCACUGCUGCGAAGGAGGCAAAUGCGUACAACUUCAUCAUGGAUCUUCCACAGAAAUUCAACACAUUGGUGGGGGAAGGUGGGGGUCAGAUGAGUGGCGGGCAAAAGCAGCGAAUUGCCAUCGCUCGUGCACUGGUCCGAAAUCCUCGAAUCUUACUGCUGGACAUGGCAACCUCUGCUCUUGACAACGAAAGUGAGGCUAUUGUUCAAGAAGCUUUGGAUAAAGUACGCAUGGGACGCACCACCAUCUCUAUUGCUCACCGGCUGUCCACCAUAAAAAACGCUGAUGUAAUUGUUGGCUUUGAGCAUGGCCGAGCUGUGGAGAGAGGCAAACAUAAUGAACUGUUGGACAGGAAGGGAGUGUAUUUCACUCUAGUCACCCUACAAAGUCAAGGAGACAAGGCUCUUAAUGAGAAGGCCCGGCAGAUGGCUGAUGGUGAUGAAGAGGAGACGGAGAGGCUGAAUCUUUCCAGAGCAGGCAGCUAUCGGGCCAGUUUGAGAGCCUCGAUCCGCCAGCGUUCCCGAUCCCAGCUGUCCAACCUUGUCCCAGAAUCCUCCGUUCCCAUCGCUGGAGAUCUCAGCCCCAGAGGUUUUCCUGUGUCACAAGAAGAAAAGAAUGCCACACCGGAAGAAGAGGACGGACUUGUGGAACCUGCUCCAGUUGCCAGGAUUCUGAAGUACAACUCACCCGAGUGGCCAUAUAUGCUGUUUGGAUCUUUAGGGGCUGCGGUUAACGGAGGGGUCAACCCUGUUUACUCACUACUGUUCAGUCAAAUCCUGGCGACCUUUGCUAUAACAGACACGGUGGCUCAGAGGAACGAGAUUAAUGGAAUCUGUGCGUUCUUCGUCAUGGUCGGCGUCGUCUCUUUCUUCACCCAGAUGCUGCAGGGUUAUGCCUUCGCCAAAUCUGGAGAGCUGCUGACCCGCCGGUUGCGGCGGAUUGGAUUUCAAGCCAUGCUAGGCCAGGAGAUUGGCUGGUUUGAUGAUCACAGGAACAGCCCUGGGGCUCUGACCACGCGUCUGGCUACUGAUGCCUCACAGGUCCAGGGGGCUACAGGUUCUCAGAUUGGCAUGAUCGUCAACUCUUUGACCAACAUUGGCGUGGCCAUCAUCAUGUCCUUCUACUUCAGCUGGAAGCUCACCCUGCUCAUCCUCUGCUUCCUGCCCUUCAUCGCUCUGUCAGGUGGCUUCCAGGCCAAGAUGCUGACAGGCUUUGCUAAGCAGGACAAACAAGCCAUGGAGGCCGCUGGACAGAUCUCUGGCGAAGCCUUGAACAAUAUCCGGACCAUUGCUGGUCUGGGCAAAGAGAGGAGCUUUGUAGAGACAUACGUAGCUCACCUAGAUGCUCCAUACCAAUCAGCGCUGAGGAAGGCCAAUGUCUACGGAGCUUGUUAUGGUUUCACCCAAUGUGUGGUCUUCCUGACCAACGGUGCUUCCUUCAGAUUUGGAGGCUACCUAGUGGAACAGGAAGGGCUCCAUUUCAGCCUGGUGUUCAGGGUUAUCUCAGCCAUCGUCACCAGUGGGACCGCCCUGGGCAGAGCCUCCUCCUACACCCCGGAUUACGCCAAGGCCAAGAUUUCAGCGGCGCGUUUCUUCCAGCUGCUGGACCGUGUGCCUCCCAUCAGCGUCUACAGUGACCGGGGAGACAAAUGGAAUAACUUCAAAGGCAACAUCGAGUUCAUUGACUGUAAGUUCACCUACCCCACCAGACCAGACAUCCAGGUCCUGAAUGGCUUGAAUGUGUCGGUGAAGCCUGGCCAGACAUUGGCCUUUGUGGGCAGCAGCGGCUGUGGGAAGAGCACCAGCGUGCAGCUGCUGGAGAGGUUUUAUGAUCCAGAUCAUGGCAGAGUGCUGAUCGAUGGCCAUGACUCAACUCGUGUCAACGUUCCCUUCCUUCGGUCCCAGAUUGGUAUUGUUUCCCAGGAGCCAGUGCUGUUUGACUGCAGCAUCGCGGAGAACAUCAAAUAUGGUGACAACUUACGAGAAAUCAGCAUGAACGAGGUCAUCUCUGCUGCCAAGAAGGCCCAACUUCAUGACUUUGUUAUGGCCCUCCCUGAGAAAUAUGACACCAACGUGGGCUCCCAGGGUUCUCAGCUGUCCCGUGGUCAGAAACAGCGCAUAGCCAUCGCCAGGGCAAUCAUCCGUAACCCCAAGAUCCUGCUCCUGGAUGAGGCCACCUCGGCACUGGACACAGAGAGCGAGAAGACAGUGCAAGAAGCCCUGGACAAAGCAAGAGAAGGUCGCACAUGCAUCGUCAUCGCCCACCGGCUGUCCACCAUCCAGAACUCGGACAUUAUCGCCGUCAUGUCCCGAGGCUUGUUGAUUGAGAAGGGAACCCACGACCAGCUUAUGGCUCUGAAUGGAGCCUACUACAAGCUGGUCACAACGGGUGCACCCAUUAGCUAGCUGCUCAUGGACACAACGACCACGUGGACUGAAGAUAGCCAGAACUCUGUGUUAGGAGGAGAAAAGAUAAAGGGACAGCUGCUCAGUCGUGGAAAAUGUGGAGUCAUCCUGGUUUUCUGACAGAAAGAGGGUUGCCAGGGCACUUUGAGCUUGUUACUCAGUAUUUUCAUGAGCUACUUUGGUAAAUGACCCCAGCUUACCAUAAUGCUACUGUAGAUUUAGGUUUACUGGUAAUGGGUGGUUACUAAAGUAUUCUACCUUGAAAUAACCUUUUUUCUGAACAACAAAAUGCAACAGUAAAUACCUCUAAAUGUUGCAGGUUGAAGUGCAGAAACAUAGCUUAAAAAUUAUAAUUUUAUUUGCUUCUCUUUAGUUGGCAUAUAUGAUUAUUUUAGUUCUCUGGCUAACAGCAUCAGCUGUAAGUUUCCCUUUAACUGCUCCUACACUGUAAAAAAUAUCUCUAAAGCUAAUAAAUCUAAUUUAGAUCCUAUUGCUAGUUUAAAAAAUUUGGUCAAAUUUUACAAUAAGGGCCCCUUUAUUAACAUUACAUUAUAAAGCAUUAAUAAAGUAUCAAAUAAAGCAUCAAAAACCCUAACCUCCAAGACCCGCAAUUGUAUUUGGCAGAGGUGUGGACUUGAGUCACAUGACUUGGACUCGAGUCAGACUCGAGUUAUUACUUUAAUGACUUUGGACUUGACUUGAUAAAAUCUAUAAAGACAUACGACUUGACUCGGUCUUGAACGCCACUGACUUGCGACUUGAAUCGACUUGCAUCUGUUGACUUGAGCAUAUUUGAUAUUUUUAGCACAAAAGCGACACGACAUAAACAAAAAUCAUAAAUCAUUCUUGGUUCUGGGUUUGAUCUUGUACUGCUAAAUGCAGCAGCACUUUGUUUAUAAUCAGUUUCAGUUGCACUUUCUGCUUGUUUGAGCAAAUAAAUUAAGCUUUAGUCCUGGAAUUUAUUUAUUAUCAUUGUCAUUAAAUUGAAGUUGGACAAAUGACUUGAUUAUGACUUGAAAAUUCAAAGUUGGGACUUGGACUUGACUUGGACUUCCACAUCAUUGACUUUGGACUCGACUUGGACUUGGUGGUCUUUUACUUGAACAUGACUGCAAAGACUUGUGACUAACUUGUGACUAACUUGUGACUUGUAAAGCAGUGAAUUGGUCACACCUCUGGUGUUUGGUGUGAUUUAGAAGGAAAAGCAUUUUCACUUGAGUUGUAUCGAUGUUACAGUUGAAUAUAAAUUUAUGCUAACUGGGAGAAAAAAAUCAGUACAUAUGUUAAUAUUUUAAUCUUUGCUAUAUAUUAUUUUGGAUGUUGUUAAAAUAAACGUUUUUUUUCCUGCCAAAGGAAUGUUUUAGCAAAUGAAACAGUAAUCGUGCAUUAUUUUUGGUACAUAUGCACACCUGCUGCGCAUUGUAAAGCUUUGAAUAUAGAAAAUAAAAUUAGCACUAGCUAGCACUAGCUAGCUAGUGCUAAAACCACUUUCAUAAUAAAAUGUGAGCAAAUA